GUGGCAAUCCGAGCCAUAAACAGGGGCCUGGCGAGAUCUAACCCAGAAGACGACGGGACAGAUCCAACAGACGGGGUCCUGACAACCAUCUGAACUUCUUCACCAUCAAAACUUCUAGCAACGUACUCCCAGCCGUGUAAGUGGUCCAAAAAGCGUACACUGUGUCUACAUAGCUCUUGUAAAAGGUCCUCCAACCGUCGGUAUAUAACAGAAGCGAUGUCCCGUCUUGCGGUCGGUGUUCUUCUUCUCGCGGUGGUCGGGCUGUUGGGUCCGCGCUGGGUGUCCGCAGACGAGCACUCGGACGAGCACUUGGAGUUGGACGAGCACGCAGACGAGCACUUGGAGUCGGACGGGCACUCAGACGAUGCACACGGACAUGACGAGGAGCACGCUGAGGAACACACUCACGAAUGUCUGGAGGGUUACGAAGAGUUCGAAGGGCACUGUUACUACUUCUCGGACACGACGGCGACUUUCUCCGAGGCCGUCGCUCAGUGCGAGGCGAUGGACGGAUACCUGGCCGCGCCCGACUGUCAUGACGAGCACGCUGCCGAGUUCUUCUACAGAGCAACCGCUUGGAUCAGUAUGGCCACAGAGGAAGGCUGUGAAGGAGGGCAGCAGUCAAUUGACACCGAGCUGCCAUUCAUCUGUCUGCAUGCACCAACCUGCGGCGAGCCGCCAGUGAUGAACAACACCGUCAUCUCCGGAUGUGAGCCCCCCUACGACCAGCAGGAGGUCUGCCGUUACAUAUGCGGGCCGGGGUUCCACCUGUUCGAGGGAACCGUCUCCUCCGCUACCGCCACCUGUCUGGAUGGGAAGUGGCACGGCCCCUUCAUGGUCUGCAAUUCGAACUGCCCGGAUCCACCCCUGAACCCGGGAGUCACCACUUUAGGCGAUAACUGCGAAGAACCCUACAUCACCGGGGACAUGUGCUCCUUUGAAUGCAUGGACGGGUAUGAUCUUGUCAGUGGUGACCACGACAUGUCGUGUAUUGAUGGGCGAUGGAUCCAUGCGGCCACAGACCUGCCCGGGGACCCCCUCGUCUGUGAAUAGUGCAUGAGAAGACCAGCUGGAUCAGCACACCCGCCGGGAUUGUCGGAAUCUCCUCUCCCGUGUAGAACAGCGACACGAGACCCACGCACCCGAACUGUCACACCGGCGACCAAAAAAUGGAGAAAACUUAGUCUCAGAACAUGGAGAAACUUAGUCUCAGAACAUGGAGAAAACUUAGUCUCUACCCACGGAUGUACUCAUAGAUUACAUACUGGUAAAAUGAGUAAUUCUGAAGACACGUGGACACGUUUAUGGUUAAAAUGAAAGGCAUUAAGUGCCACGUUGGUGCUCAGAACAUGUAGAAAUGUUAGACUCAACUGAUGGAUGCACUGGUACAUUUAGCACCAGUAGUGCUGUCAUCCUGGAAAAGUUGUGGAAAGGCCUGUAAUUAUCAAAAAUGAUCACCAUCAAUGGAAUAAAGUGAAUUACCAGCCUUAAA